AUGGCGGACAAACAAUCAGAUGUAACAAUAAUACCAGCAUCAAAAAGACCGGAUGGAACUUGGAGAAAAGAAAUCAGAGUUAAAGCAGGAUACGUUCCACCUGAUGAAGUUGAAAGGUAUCAAAGUAGAGGACGAGAGGCAGCUGCGAAUAGAUCGUCACUGCCUCCUGGAAUUAGCGUAGAAAGUGCUGACUCGAAAAAGAGUAAAAAUCAGAAAAAGAACGAAAGAAAGAAGCAAAAGAAACAACAAGAAAUUGAUACAAAAGCAGCUUCUGAAGAAAACAAAACUCAACAGCUAGCUACUGCUGUAAAAAAGCUAGAUAUAAAGGAGGAUAUCAAAGACGAAUCGCCUAAAUUGUCCAAGGAUGCUAUUACAAAGAAGCUGAAAAACUUGAAGAAAAAACUUAGGCAAAUAGAAGACCUUGAAAAGAAAGUGGCAAACGGAGAAAUAAAAGAGCUAGAAAAGGAGCAAAAUGACAAAGUUACUCGAAAAAAAGAAGUUCUUGAUGAAAUUGAGGACUUAGAACUUGAUUUGAAGCUUUGUGAUGAAUAG